AUGUUCCUCUGUACUGAUCAUGCUAUCGUUUCACCAUCCCCAACAGACCAAAAUGUCAAGCGCGAGGAAGGUUACACCGUGCAGUUGCAGAACAUCAACGCCGCGGCUUCAGUGGCUGAUGUCAUCCGAACUUCUCUAGGUCCUUGUGCGAUGUUGAAGAUGUUGUUAGACCCCAUGGGCGGCAUCGUGCUUACCAACGACGGCAAUGCUAUUCUCAGAGAGAUUGAUGUGUCGCAUCCAGCCGCCAAGGCUAUGGUAGAGAUCAGUCGCACUCAGGACGAAGAGGUGGGCGAUGGAACUACGUCAGUAAUCAUUCUGACCGGUGAGAUGCUUUCCAUAGCACAACCUUUCCUUCGGCGCAAACUGCACCCGUCUAUUGUGGUGAGCGCGUACAGCAAGGCUCUCGAUGACAUGAUCGACUUCCUGGAGAACUCUAUCAGUAUCGACGUGGAUGUUUCCGAUAAAGAGCAAAUGCUUAGUAUUGUCCGUAGUUCCAUAGGCACAAAGUUUGCGCGUCAGUGGUCUGACAUGGUCUGCAACAUCGCUGUGAAUGCUGUGAAGGUCGUCGCACUGGAGAGCAAUGGCCGCCAAGAGGUGGAUAUAAAGAGAUACGCAAAGAUAGAGAAAAUUCCCGGCGGAGAUAUCACGGAGUCUCAGACACUCAGUGGUGUUAUGUUGAAUAAAGACGUCACACACGCCAGCAUGCGCAGGUUGAUAAAGAACCCUCGCAUCGUCCUGCUGGACUGUACACUGGAGUACAAGAAGGGCGAGAGCCAAACGAAUGUGGAGAUUGUCAAGGAGGAAGACUGGAACGCUCUACUCAAGCACGAGGAGGAGGUAGUGAAGCAGAUGUGUGACUCCAUCAUUGCCGUCAAACCCGACCUUGUGAUCACGGAGAAGGGUGUGUCUGAUCUGGCGCAGCACUGGCUGACCAAGGCAGGCAUCACAGCCAUCCGACGAGUGCGCAAAUCAGACAACAAUCGCAUUGCACGCGCCACCGGUGCGACUAUUGCCACACGCCCAGAAGAACUCACAGAAGAGAUGGUGGGAACACAGUGUGGACUAUUCGAAGUCAAGAAGAUGGGCGACGAGUACUACACCUUCCUGACCGAGUGUAAGGAGCCUAAGGCGUGUACCAUCCUUCUGCGUGGUGCCAGUAAAGACGUGCUCAAUGAAGUCGAGCGCAACUUACAGGAUGCCAUGUGUGUGGCUCGCAAUGUUAUGCUCAGCCCUAAGCUCUGCCCCGGAGGUGGUGCGACGGAAAUGGCAUUAGCCGCUCUGUUGACGCACAAGGCUGAUUCCAUCGAGGGUGUCCAGCAGUGGCCGUACAAAGCCGUCGCGAGUGCCUUAGAGGUCAUCCCCCGCACACUCAUACAGAACUGCGGGGCCAAUGUUAUCCGUACCUUAACCAAGCUCAGAGCCACCCAUGCUCAGGAGGGUAUGACGACCUGGGGUGUGGACGGCGAGACGGGUAAGCUGGUAGAUAUGAAGGACCUGGGUGUGUGGGAGCCUUUGGCCGUGAAGCUACAGACGGUUAAGACGGCGAUUGAGACGGCUUCGAUGUUGCUGCGCAUUGAUAUGAUUGUGUCUGGCUUGAAGCGAAAGAAGGACCCAGCCGCCCAGUAAAGUAUAUAGACACAUUAAACAAACAUAUGUAUAUAUAUUAUACACACGC